CCCCCACCGGAAGUGGGCGGCCGCGCGGCGGGAGGAGCCGGCUGUAGCGUGGCGGCUGCGGGCAGUGGGCGCCGGUUCCCAGGGGAUCGCGUUUCCCUCUCCGCGCGAUGGCAGAGGCAGCCAAUGUGGUGCGGCUGCUCCUCGGCUCCACGACGCUGUGGCUGUCGCUGUUCGGCUCCGAGACGGCCUCCGCGUCGAAGGCAGUGACGGCCCACUUGGCUGCGAAGUGGCCGGAGACCCCGCUGCUGCUGGAGGCCAGUGAAUUUAUGGCAGAAGAAAGUAAUGAAAAAUUUUGGCAGUUUUUGGAAACUGUAAAAGAAUUAGCAAUUUAUAAGCAAACAGAAUCAGAUUAUUCCUAUUACAACUUAAUCCUAAAGAAAGCUGGACAAUUCUUAGACAAUUUACACAUCAAUCUCUUGAAGUUUGCUUUCUCUAUAAGGGCAUACUCUCCAACUAUUCAGAUGUUUCAACAGAUUGCAGCUGAUGAGCCGCCACCAGAUGGUUGCGAUGCGUUUGUGGUUAUCCAUAAGAAGCACACCUGUAAAAUUAAUGAGAUUAAAAAGCUGCUGAAGAAGGCUACUUCAAGGCCCAGACCUUAUCUGUUUAAAGGAGAUCAUAAAUUUCCCACAAGCAAAGAGAACUUACCAGUGAUUAUUCUCUAUGCAGAAAUGGGUACCAGGGCAUUUGGUAAAUUUCACACAGUAUUGUCUGAAAAAGCUCAAAAUGGGGAAAUUCUGUAUGUUCUGCGGCAUUAUAUUCAGAAACCAGUCUCACAGAAAAUGUGCUUAUCUGGCUAUGGUGUGGAACUGUCGAUUAAGAGUACAGAAUACAAAGCAUUGGAUGAUACCCAAGUUAAAACUGUGACUAAUGCCUCCGUAGAAGAUGAGGUUGAAACAAAAGAAGUUCAGGGAUUUCUCUUUGGGAAACUAAAAGAGAGAUAUUCACAUCUUAGAGAUAAUCUGACCGCAUUCCAAAAAUACCUGAUUGAGAGUAAUAAAGAAAUGAUUCCUUUGAAAGUGUGGGAACUACAAGAUCUUAGUUUUCAAGCAGCUUCUCAAAUAAUGUCCACUCCAGUUUAUGAUGCCAUAAAAUUAAUGAAAGACAUCUCGCAGAACUUCCCCCUAAAAGCCAGAUCUCUGACCAGAAUUGCUGUAAAUCAACAUAUGAGAGAAGAAAUACAGAAAAAUCAAAAGAAUCUUCUUAAUAGAUUUGAAAUUCAGCCAGGUGAUGCUCGUCUGUUUAUAAAUGGACUUCGUGUUGAUAUGGAUACUUAUGAUCCUUUUAGUCUUUUGGAUAUGCUGAAACUGGAAGGAAAAAUGAUGAAUGGACUUCGCAAUCUUGGGAUCAAUGGAGAAGAUAUGAGCAAAUUUUUAAAAUUAAAUUCACCUGUUUUGGAUUCUACGUAUGCUUUAGAUAUUCGGCAUUCUGCUGUAAUGUGGAUUAAUGACCUAGAAAAUGAUCAUUUGUAUGUUAUGUGGCCUGCAAGUUGCCAGGAGCUUCUGAAGCCAAUAUUCCCUGGAAGUAUACCUUCCAUAAGGCGUAAUUUUCAUAAUUUGGUUCUGUUUAUUGAUCCUGCUCAAGAAUAUACCUUGGAUUUCAUAAAACUUGCUGAACUUUUCUAUUAUCAUAAAGUUCCUCUUAGAAUUGGUUUUGUAUUCAUUGUUAAUACGGAUGAUGAAGUUGAUGGAACAAAUGAUGCUGGAGUUGCUCUUUGGCGGGCUUUCAGCUAUAUUGCAGAAGAACAUGAUGUGUCACAAGCAUUUGUUUCCGUACUAAAAAUGUACCAAAAAGUGAAGAAUCAAAAUAUACUCACUGUAGACAAUGUGAAGAGUGUCCUCCAAAAUCAAUUUCCUCAAGCUAAUAUUUUGGAUAUUUUAGGGAUUCAUUCUAAAUAUGAUGGCAACAGAAAGGCAGGAGCAAGCUUUUAUAAGAUGACUGGCCUAGGUCCUUUGCCUCAGGCUCUUUAUAAUGGUGAAUCCUUUAACCGUGAAGAGCUGAAUAUUAAAGAACUGGAAAAGGCUGUUCUUCACAGAAUGGUGGAUGUAACUGUAUAUUUACAAAGGGAAGUUUUUAUGGGCACAUUAAAUGAUUGGACAAAUGCAAUUGACUUCCUUAUGGAUAAAAAGAACAUUGUACCCCGUAUAAAUCCUUUGAUUUUGCACACCAAAAUGCAGUACCUUAAUUUAAUAGCUACAUCAGUAACUGCUGAUGUUGAAGAUUUCUCUACUUUCUCUUUCUUGGAUUCACAAGAUAAGAGUGCUGUAAUUGCAAAGAACAUGUAUUAUUUAACCCGAGAAGAUUAUGAUGUAAUUUCUUCAGUUACUCUCUGGAUUAUUGCUGAUUUUGACAAACCAUCUGGGAGAAAACUGCUUUUUAAUGCAUUAAAGCACAUAGAAACAAGUGUUCAUAGUCGGUUGGGGGUUAUUUAUAAUCCUACAUCAAAAAUAAAUGAAGAGAACACAGCUAUUUCUAGAGGAAUUUUGGCAGCUUUUCUUACACAGAAAAAUAGCUUUUUGAGAAACUUUCUCAGGAAACUGGCAAAGGAAGAAACUGCUGCAGCUAUUUACUCUGGAGAUAAAAUUAAAACAUUUCUUACUGAGGGGAUGGAGAAGAAUGCUUUUGAGAAAAAAUAUAAUACCGUUGGAGUGAAUAUUUUCCGAACUCACCAGUUGUUCUGUCAAGACGUACUCAAAUUGCGUCCUGGAGAGUUAGGUGUUGUCAGCAAUGGGAAAUUCUUAGGACCUAUAGAUGAAAAUUUCCAUGCGGAAGACUUUUACUUGUUGGAAAAGAUAACAUUUACUAAUUUAGUAGAGAAAAUUAAAGGCAUUGUUGAAAAUAUGGAAAUCAAAUCAAAGAACAUGAAUGACCUCAUUAUGAAAGUUGACGCCCUUGUUUCCUCUUUGCCUACACAUGCAUCUCGGUAUGAUGUCACAUUUCUGAAAGAGAGUCACAGCAUUAUAAAGAUAAAUCCUCAAGAGAAUGAUAUGUUCUUUGAUGUCAUUGCUAUUGUUGAUCCAUUGACAAGAGAAGCACAGAAAAUGUCACAGUUACUGAUCGUACUUGGCAAGAUUAUCAACAUGAAGGUGAAGUUGUUCAUGAACUGCAGGGGUAAGCUUUCAGAAGCCCCCUUAAAGAGCUUUUACCGUUUUGUUCUGGAACCAGAAUUGAUGUUAAUGGCUAAUGACAAUAUUGGACCAGUGGCAAAAUUCUUGGAUAUCCCGGAAUCACCCCUUCUAACGCUCAACAUGAUUACUCCUGAAGGCUGGUUGGUAGAAACAGUGCACAGCAACUGUGACCUUGAUAAUAUUCACUUAAAGGAUAUUGAGAGAACUGUUACAGCAGAGUAUGAACUAGAAUAUCUGUUACUUGAAGGACACUGCUUUGAUGUAAUAACAGAUCAACCUCCUCGGGGUCUGCAGUUUACACUCGGCACAAAAAAUAAACCUGUUGUGGUUGAUACAAUAGUGAUGGCCAAUCUUGGAUAUUUUCAAUUAAAAGCAAACCCAGGUGCUUGGAUCCUGAAAUUACGUGAAGGAAAAUCUGGAGAUAUUUAUCAAAUAGUUGGGCACGAAGGAACUGACUCUCAACCAGACCUAGGAGAUGUCAUUGUUGUGUUAAACAGCUUCAAAAGCAAAAUACUGGAAGUACAAGUGCAAAAAAAGCCAGACAAAAUUAAGGAAAAUGUCCUUACUGAUAAAGAUGAAAAAAAAGGAAUGUGGGAUUCCAUUAAAAGUUUCACAAGAAGCUUGCAUAAAGAAAAAGACAAAAAGGAAACAGACGUUCUAAACAUUUUUUCAGUUGCUUCUGGCCAUUUAUAUGAACGCUUUUUAAGAAUUAUGAUGCUUUCUGUUUUACGUAACACCAAAACACCAGUGAAAUUCUGGUUUCUGAAAAAUUAUCUCUCACCAACAUUUAAAGAGGUAAUUCCCCACAUGGCUGAGAAAUAUGGAUUCCAGUAUGAACUAGUCCAAUAUAAGUGGCCCCGUUGGCUUCAUCAGCAGACUGAAAAGCAAAGGAUUAUUUGGGGUUACAAAAUUCUUUUCCUUGAUGUCCUUUUUCCUCUAGCAGUGGACAAAAUCAUUUUUGUUGAUGCUGACCAGAUCGUGAGACAUGACCUAAAAGAACUUCGAGAUUUCAAUCUGGAUGGAGCUCCUUAUGGAUAUACUCCGUUCUGUGAUAGCCGCACUGAAAUGGAUGGAUAUCGCUUCUGGAAAACAGGAUACUGGGCAUCACAUCUUUUAAGAAGGAAAUAUCAUAUCAGCGCCUUAUAUGUAGUGGAUCUCAAGAAGUUCAGGAGAAUUGCAGCAGGUGACAGGCUCCGGGGCCAGUACCAGGCUCUCAGUCAAGAUCCAAACAGCCUUUCAAACCUAGAUCAGAAAAUUGAAGAGGAGGGAAUACUUCUCUACUCAUUUUAUGAAGCCAGCAUUCUCUUGACAUCAAGACCAGACGAAGACGUUACAAGAAAGGAAAACUGCAGACCAACAUUCCUCAUGAACAGAUGUAAAAAGCUUUAAUAAAAUUUCAGGAAACCAAAUCAAGCAAUAUAUAAAAAAGACCCUAUAUCGUGCCUAAGUGGACUUUAUCUCAGGAAUGCAAGGUUCAUUCAGUAUUGAAAUAUCAAUCAUUGUAAUUCACUGUAUUAACAGACUGAAAAAGAAAAACCAUAUGACUGCUAAGUAGAUGCAAAAGAGCAUUUGAUAUACUCCAAUAUCCAUUCCUAAUAAAAACUCUCAGUGAACUAGGACAGGGAGGGAACUUCCUCAACCUGAUAAAGGACAUCUAUGAAAAACCUGUAGCUAGCAUCGUACUUAACGGUGAAAGACUGAAUACUUUCCCCCUAAGAUCAGGAACAAAGCAAGAAUAUCCACUCACGAUUUCAACAUUGUAAUAGAUGUACUAGACAGUACAGCAAGGCAAGAAAAAGAAAUAAAAGGCAUCCAGAUGGGCAAGGAAUAAGUAGCUGUCCUUUUUUUCAGACAAUAUGAUCAUCUAUGUAGAAAACCCUACACAUUCUACUAAAAAGCUACGAGGAACUAACAAAUGUGUUUAACAAGGUGCAAGGUACAAGAUCAGGAUAUGAAAAUCAAUUCUACUUCUGUGUACUAGCAACAAAUUAUUGGAAAUUGGAAUUAAAAAGAUACUGUUUCUAAUAGCAUUUUUAAAAUUAAUGACUUAGAUCAAUCAGACUUAAGACGUGUAGACUAAAAACUAUCAGACACUGCUGAGAGAGAUUAAAGAUCAUCUAAAUAAGUAAAGAGAUAUACCUUGUUCAUGAGUCAGAGUAUUUAUGUGAUUUCUCCCCUAAUUGGUCUUUAGAUUUAAUAGAAUUCCAAUAAAAAUGUAGGCUUUUUUCCUAUAGACUUUCUUGUAUAAACUUACAAAGUUGAUUCUGAAGUUCAUAUAGAAAUGCAGAAGACCUAAAAUAGCAAAAACAACUUUGAAAAAGAACAAAGUUUGAGGUCUUAGAUUAUGUGAUUCCAAGACUUAAUAUAAAGCUACUGUAAUCAAAACAGUGUGGUUUGGUGUAAAGAUAGACAAUUCAGUCCAUGAAUCAGAAUUAGAGCCACAAGUAUGGGCAAUUGACUUUUGACAAAGGUGCACAGGCAGUGCAGUGGAGAAAAGAUAGCCUUUUCAACAAGUGGUGCUGGAACAAUUAGACAUCUAUAUGCAAAACAAAAACUUCCAAUUCGUAACACACCAGAUACAAAAAUUAACUCAAAACACAUAUAGAUCUAAAGCUAAAAUGUAAAACUAUAAAACUUUUAAAAGAAGAUAGGGGAAAAUCUCUGUGGCCUUGGAUUACGCAGAGAUUUUUUUUUAGAUAUGUUGUUAAAAGCACAAUUCACAAAAGAAGGAAAUUGAUAAAUAUAUAAAGAACUUUCAAAACUCAUUAAUAAGAAAGUAAACAAUCUGAUUUUCUUUAAAUCAUAUUUUAACAGAUCAUUCAUCAGGGAUGAUGAUCAAGUGGCAAUAAGCCCAUGAAAUGAUGAUACAGAUCAUUAGUUGUUGGGGAGAUGAAAAUUAAAACAACAGUAAUUCUGCACACCUAUUAGAAUGGUUAACAUUAAAAAGACUGGCCAUGCCGAGUGCUGACAAGGACGUGCAGCAGCUGGAACUCCUGUACAUUCCUGAUGCGCAUGUAAAAUGGUACAGCCAUUUUGGGAAACUGUUCGAUGAUUUCUUAUAAAUUUAAAUUUACACCUACCAUAUGACCAGUCAUUCCACUUUGAGGCAUUUACCCAAGAGAAAUGAAACCAUAUGUCUACAUAAAGACUUGUGCGUGAAUAGUCAUAGUAGCCUUAUUUGUAAAAGCCAAAAUCUAGAAACAACCUUGUCUUAGUUAUCUAUUGCUGCAUAACAACUUACCCCAAAACAUAGCAACUGAAAUAACAGUUUCUGUGGACCAGGAAUCAGGGCCUGACUUAGCUGGGUGUUCUGCUUCACAGUCUUGCACAAGGCUGUGGUCAUUGUGUUGACGCAGGGACUGCCACCUAAUCUGAAGACCUAACUGGGCAAGGGCAUUCAUGUGGUUGUGGGCAGGAUUCACUUCUUCAAGAACUGUUUCACUGAAGAUGUUAUUUCCUUGCUUGAUGUUGACUCAGGAAAUCAUCAGUUUCUUGCCAGCUGGCCUUCUCCAUUAGGGCAAACGUACCAGAAGGGUCAGAGGAGAGAGAAUGCCAGCAAAACAGAAGUCACAGUCUUUUGUAAUCUAAUCCCAGAACUGAUAUCCUAUUACUUU